CCUCUCUUCACUCAUUCACACUCCCACACUUUGAAAAAAAAUCCCUGCAACUUUGGUCAUCUUCAUCCUCUAGCUUCAUCCACCAUUAAUGGAGGUUUGAGAAGCUAAUAUUAGGUGUGAAGAGAAGACCUCAAGAUACGGAAAGCUAGAAGUAGAUAGUAACGGCCGUUCGUUGAACGUACGUGAUGUGUAGGAUCAUUGUUUCCCCUACGAGCUCUAAGGGAAAAAACUUGGAUCUGGUUUUGGUAUGAUGUAUAGGUGUGGUCCUUGCAAGGUCAUGGCUCCCAAGUUUGAAGAAAUGUCUGCAAAGUACCUUGAUGUUGUCUUUCUAAAGUUGGAUUGCAACCAAGAAAACAAGCCAUUGGCAAUGGAGCUGGGCGUAAGGGUUGUUCCCACUUUCAAGGUUCUCAAGUAUGGCAAGAUUGUCCAAGAGGUGACCGGAGCCAAGCUAGAUGACUUAGUGGCGGCCAUCGAGUCGGCGCGGUCAAGUUAGAAUUCUUCCCUUGUUUGCAUUGCCCUAUUUUGUGAAUAAUGCAAUCAAUCAAGUGGCAUGGAUAUAAUAAUGUAACAACAAUAAUAUUAAUAAUAUUGUUGUUCUCCUUUUAUGUAUGUAAUUAAUAAUCCAGUAGGAUCCCUUCGUAUAUUUGUGUCCUUUUUAUUUCUUAGUAAUCACAAAUCCCCCGCUUGAAUCUAAGGUCAUAAACCUCUCACUCGUAUAGUUUCUUUUUCCCAAGAUCUUAAAAAUAUCAAGGACACAAAAAUGACGCAAAGUUUGGUAUGAUUCAAUGAAAAUUUGGGGCUUAGUUCACUCGAAAAAAGUUCAAUAACUGAAAAAUAAUGUC